GAACCUCAGGGUUCAUCAUCUGGAUCCCAGACAAUCGUUCUCCUUUGCUGGAAAAGGACCUGAAAUAGCUGUAAAGCCCACUGGCCAGUUCUUUUAUAUGUAUUAAAAUAAUAAUAAUAAUAAAUACAUAUACUGCAUAUAUAAAAAAAAAAUUUCGGGGGGGUGAUAAGUUUUUGGUUGUUGUGCUCUAGGUUACGAGAAACUGGGUGGUCAGCAUGGAUGGACAGCCUGGGACUUCAAACAAGUCUUGCCUUUUGCAGCUGCUAUAUGGAACGGAUUACAAACUUCUUUUUAAUUAGAUUUCCCUGCCACUUUGUUAUUUAUAUUUGUUCUUGUUCUUUAAUUCUUAAUUAAAAGAAUACAUAUAUAAAUAUAUAGAUACAUAUUUUUGGAGAACAGUGUGGAAAGGCAGAAUGGCGCUCAUGACGGUGAAGUUCGAUUUGAAGAAGAGGGUGACGCUUGCCCAGGGACUAUGGCUGAUGAACUGGUUCUCUGUGAUGGCCGGGGUCCUGGUCUUCAGCCUGGGACUGGUUCUCAAAGUGGAGCUGCGCAAACGGAGCGAGAUGAUGGACAAUGCCGAGAGCCACUUCGUCCCCAACUCCCUGAUCUGCGUGGGGAUCUUGGCCUGCGCCCUGAACGCUUUCGGGGGCAAGAUCUGCUAUGACUCCCUGGACCUGGCCAAGUACAGCAAGUGGAAGCCGUUCCUGAAGCCCUUCCUGGCCACCUGCUUCAUCUUCAACAUCCUGCUGCUCCUCACGGCUGGGCUGUGCUUCACCAUGCGGUUGGCCCUGGAGAGCACGCUGAUGCACGGGCUGAAGAGCGGCAUGCGCUACUACAAGGACACAGACACGCCCGGCCGCUGCUUCAUGAAGACCACCCUGGACAUGAUGCAGAUCGAGUUCCGCUGCUGCGGGAAUAAUAACUACAAGGACUGGUUUGAGAUCCAGUGGAUCAGCAACCGCUACCUGGACUUCAGCUCCAAGGAGGUCAAAGACCGCAUUAAGAGUAACGUGGAUGGGAAGUAUCUGAUGGACGGGGUCCCCUUCAGCUGCUGUAACCCCAGCUCGCCCCGGCCCUGUAUCCAGUACCAGAUCACCAACAACUCUGCCCACUACAGCUACGACCACCAGAGCGAGGAGCUGAACAUCUGGACUCGGGGCUGUCGAGAGGCGCUGCUCAGUUACUACAGCGGCAUGCUGAACUCCAUCGGCAUCCUGGUGCUGCUUGUCCUGCUCCUGGAGGGGGCAGUGAUGGUGGGGCUGCGGUACCUGCACACCUCCUUGGAGAGCCUGUCGAACCCGGAGGACCCAGAGAGUGAGAGUGAAGGCUGGCUGCUGCAGAAGAGUGUGAAGGAGACGGUGAGCUCGUUUCUCGAGGGCCUCAAGUCCAUGACGAAGUCGAACCAGGUGGACAGCGACGCGGAGGCCGGGGGAGGGGAGGCACAGACCGUCGCCACUGUCAGCUGAGGAGUGACAGCCUGGGGGACCAAUCCCUGAUCAGAGAGCGGGAGGGAAGCAAGACAACCAGGAAACUAAUUGCACACAAAAGUGAACAAGUAUUUUACACCUUGUAGAAUGUGAGCCUACAUGAAUAUAUUUACAUAUAUAUAUGCUGUAUAAAAUAUAAAUGCAAAAAGCAUGACUUCUUGUCAACCAGAGACCUGUGUAUAUUGUAAAUCUGGUUCUUCUAAUCCAUCCCACUGUAAUUGAAUAGACUGUAAUUCCCCCACGGCCACUCACUCAUUAAUAUAAGCUCUCAGCCCGUCACCGGGAUAUAAAACAGUUCUGCUUUAAAGCUAGAAGGUUUGCUUUGCAAUGUGAAAUACCCUCAGUCAGAAAACAGGAACAACACAAAUAACUAAAUGAACCCGUUCUUUCAUGAAAUGUGUAUCAUAUUCCCUUGUGUGACUGCAUUGUGAUUCAUUUCAGAGAUGAGGAAUGGAUUUUUAACCCGAUAAGCGCCACCCUCCCUCUGUGGGAGGUUUACCCCAUGGCUAUCCAUCUGAAGCAUAGUGUACACCACAGCCAGUGAAGAGCUGCCCAUGUUUAAUCAGAGAGAGAUUGUCUAUGUGAGGUAGUGGGGUUUUUUCACAGGGUAACUCAUAGUAUUCCCACAGAGUACGAGCCUGGUGAAGUGAGUGGACCAGGGAGCCUGUAGACACCAUGCAGUCAGGGAGCCUGUACACACCAUGCAGUCUGGGAGCCUGUACACACCUGCAGUCAGGGAGCCUGUACACACCAUGCAGCCAGGGAGCCUGUAGACACCAUGCAGUCAGGGAGCCUGUAGACACCAUGCAGUCAGGGAGCCUGUACACACCAUGCAGUCAGGGAGCCUGUACACACCAUGCAGUCAGGGAGCCUGUACACACCUGCAGCCAGGGAGCCUGUAGACACCAUGCAGUCAGGGAGCCUGUAGACACCAUGCAGUCAGGGAGCCUGUACACACCAUGCAGUCAGGGAGCCUGUAGACACCAUGCAGUCUGGGAGCCUGUAGUUACCAGACAGCUCAGUCUGCUUUCCAUGGUGUCCUGCAUUGAGAAUCCCUGCUGUGAACAACAGAAGCUUUCGACACGCAAAGAAGAGGGUUAAAUAAGAGCAAAUAAGGGGUUGAAAAUCUGUUUCACCGACGCAGUCGAUCGCGGUAGCUUUGCAAGGGGGAAUGUCAAAACAUAACCCAGAAAAACCUGGUCCUGCAUGCUGACAUCCUGCAGUGUUUGUGAUUACCAGUCCCUUGGGAGUGAGUUACAGUACUGGAGGAGGGUCUGAACUAUACAUCACAUUUUAACAUUGCCCCUUCCUGUCGUGCUCUACGGAUGCACUGAAACUGUGUCAAUGAUACUGCUGUUAAAGGACGGGAGACUGCCGAUAAAGUCUGGAUUGGGCCCCUGAAGAAUUCAUGAAACAAUAAGUCUGAAUGUUCCCACAAUUUGAAUGAUGAAGCUAGCGUACAAAAUGAAGCCUGAGGUUCCGUCAUUACAUUUUCCAUCAAUGUGACCACGUGGCUGUGUUUGUGCAGAACUGUGAGGUCUGAUACAAGAUCUCACACUUUCCUUCAGCACUAAUAAAACUGCUUGGUAAUGCAGAACUGUUUGAUAGUCUUGUGUGAGGGCAGUUUCAUUUGGAUCAGAGGUCUUUUUACACUUUGGCGUCCCAAUCAGUAAUGUGGUCACAAAGGUGGAGAAUGUAAUGGCAGUACCUCAGACUUCACUGAGUACACACUGUCUCAGACUUCACUGAGUACACACUGUAUCAGACUUCACACUCUCAGACUUCACUGAGUACACAGGUUCACACUGUAUCAGACUUCACUGAGUACACACUGUCUCAGACUUCACACUCUCAGACUUCACUGAGUACACAGGUUCACACUGUAUCAGACUUCACUGAGUACACACUGUCUAACUCUUCAUUGAGUACACACUGUCUCAGACUUCACACUCUCAGACUUCACUGAGUACACGCUGUCUCAGACUUCAUUGAGUACACACUGUCUCAGACUUCAUUGAGUACACACUGUCUCAGACUUCACUGAGUACACACUGUCUCAGACUUCACUGAGUACACACUGUCUCAGACUUCAUUGAAUACACACUGUCUCAGACUUCACUGAGUACACACUGUCUCAGACUUCACUGAGUACACACUGUCUCAGACUUCAUUGAGUACACACUGUCUCAGACUUCAUUGAGUACAUAGGUUCACACUGUAUCACCUUCAGUAUUUCAGGGGCAAGACCUGGCCUUACUGACACCCCUCCUUCAACAUUCUCAUUUCCACUUCAUCUGUAAUUCAAUUUUUUUCUUGAAAUUGUAUAUUUAAAUAACAGUUACUGUGAAUAGAAUAUUUUGUGUCUUGUCCUUUCCUACAAAGCUGUUAGCUGGAUUUUCUCUGUUAUAUAUAUAUAAAGAGGUAAGCCUACUUUGUCCCGUCUCAGCUCAGUGAGUAAAGAGAUUUGAUAAUUAGCCGAUAUCGAUAUGCAAAUUAGCCAUGCGUAGCGUUCUCGUGCUGUUUUUGCAGACUGCUCUGGAAAACGUGGUUUCCAUGCACAGAGAACAGAUACAGGAGAGAAUCUCGCCUGGUAAUCCAUGGUUGUCAGGUGACAUCUUGUUUGAAUGCAACUCAAAAGCAGUGUAAAGCUCAUGUAAUAAAGCUGUGAUUUGUAAAUACAAAUGUAUUGUGGCGUGUUCUUUUUUCUGCUAUGUACUGUACAGUGCUUUGCGAUACUUUUGUAUAAAAAGCUCUAUAUAAAUGCAAUAAAUAAAUAAAUAAAUUCCUCGUG